AUGACUUCAUCAUCUUCGAAUCAACCAACUUCAACAAACAGAUUAACUAAUAGUUAUUUUUUCUAUGGCACGCAUCCAUUACGAGUUCCUGAUCAUAUCACAACGUCGAGUUCGGCGCAUGAAAUAUCAACAGUAGCAAAUCAAGAAAAUCACCAUUUAUCUCUUAAUUUAACCAACAGUCAAAACGGAUUUUUAUCGACGUCGGAGUUGUCAACAACCAGAUCAUUGAAUGAUCUUCUGGAAUGUAACACUGACAGAGACGAUAAUAGCGAGAAUUUUGAAGAUGCAGUUGAAAGUCUUGACGACGACGACAAACGAAAAGACACGCCUAAUCGACGGCGAUCAGCUGCCAAAGUAUCUGACGAUCCGACGCUGGAUAUAAUACAAGCAUUGAAAGAAUGUGAUCAAAUCAAUAAAUUAUUUUUGCAAAAUCAUCUCAAUGAAGCUUUGAGAAAAGCGAAAGCACAAGAACAUCGUUCGCUCUAUCACAGCUUAUGCCAUAGCACAAUUACCUACACUCAAGCCGUGAUGACAUUCAACAAUGAUGAUGUUGAAGUCGCCGUUCAAUCAUUGAAACAAACUAGUACUUUAGCAAAAAAAUAUGAGCCAUACAAGCCGUGGAUACCAUUUAGUCUUUCAGCGAAAUCAGCACCUAAUGAAUAUGAACUCCAUGCGAAAUUGGCGUAUGCUGAAGCACAACUGCUCCGAGCUCUCUUAACAUUCAUACAAGAUCAAGGUCUAUUUAGUUUCAUCAGUGGUGCAAUAAAAAUCAAAGAAUGCCAUGAUAUAUUCGUGAAAUUAGCCAAACAGAAUGAUCGAUCGAAAUUUUCAUCGACUUUCUCCUACGAACACUUCGAUAGCGGUGUUCGAAUGGGCAAUGGUGCAUUUAAUUUGAUGAUCUCAAAUCUUCCACAACGUGUAAUCAGAUAUCUUGAAUUUGUUGGAUUUUCCGGUGAUAAAGACUUUGGUAUAGAGCAACUCGAGCUAAGUGCCAAUAGUUAUGGGCUACGAGCAGCAUUCUCUGCUCUGUUUCUACUUGGCUAUCAUACAUUCGUGACCUCAGUUUUUGGAAAUAGCGAUGGUGAUCUUCGCACUUGUCAUAUGCUAGUUCAACGUUACUUGAAACUAUAUCCUGAUGUAAGUUUUUAUGUUUAA